GAGGAAACCUCAGCUGACUGCAUUGCCAUUUGGAAGAUGAAUAGCUGGACAAAGUUGUUUUUCUUUUCCGGUCGCCUGGAUCAGCUGUCCCCGCCUCCUCUCCCUCCCACCCAAACCCCUAGUCUGGAGCUUGUAUGGUACGUUCCGCACGUGAGCUGGGUGCUGGUCUGGCUGGCGACGCGCGUGCCCUGUGGCCAAACACUGAUCAGUGAGUGCAAACUACCCGCACAGUGUGUGACUGUGAGUGUAUGAGUGGGAGAGAGAGAGAGAGGGGAGGGGAGACAAACUGCUUCACACUUUCCCCGGUGCACAGGAGAGACAGAGGCUGCAUGUGCACAGUUUUGCUCAAAGAUCUCCAAAGACUCUCAGCAUCCCACAGAUUCAAUCAAAAGCAACAACAAAAAAUCAGCUGUUGUCAAACAUGGAUGAAGGAAUCCCUCGUUUGCAAGACAGGCAGUUGCUAGAACAUGUGGAUUUUAUAGGACUGGACUAUCCAUCCUUAUAUUUGUGCAAACCCAAAAGAGGCAUGAAAAGAGACGAGAGUAAGGAAACAUACAAACUGCCACAUAGAUUGAUAGAAAAGAAGAGGCGAGACAGGAUUAAUGAAUGCAUUGCUCAGCUAAAAGAUUUAUUACCAGAGCAUCUGAAAUUGACGACAUUGGGGCAUCUGGAGAAAGCUGUAGUUUUGGAAUUAACUUUGAAACACUUGAAAGCUUUAACAGCCUUAACGGAGCAACAGCAUCAGAAUAUAAUUGCUUUACAGAAUGGGGAGCGGUCUAUGAAGUCCCCCAUUCAGUGCGACCUGGAUGCUUUCCAUUCGGGAUUUCAAACGUGCGCCAAAGAAGUCUUGCAAUACCUCUCCAGGUUUGAAAGCUGGACUCCCAGAGAGCAGAGAUGUGCCCAGCUCGUCAACCAUCUGCACGCGGUUUCCACUCAGUUCUUACCCAGCCCCCAGCUGUUGACUCCACAGGUCCCUGUGAGCAAAGGAUCCUCCUCCUCCUGUGCACAAGAUCGCACCGGGCAAAAGCUGGAGGCUCAGACUAACUGCGUCCCCGUCAUCCAGCGGACUCACCCGCCCGUGGAGCUCGGCGGGGAGAACGACACCGACACGGAUAGCGGCUAUGGCGGGGAGAGCGAGGGCCGGCCGGAUCGAGAGAAAGGCCAAGCGGCGGGGCUGCCCGGCGUGACUAUCAAACAGGAGCCAGCCGGGGACCAGGCCCCAGCGCCCAAGAGGCUGAAGCUGGAUUGCAGCAGCGGCAGCGCCACGCUCCCUGCUGCUGCAGCCGCCGCCGCCGCCGGGCUGAGCCCGGAUCACCAGGCAGCUGCUGCCCUGCUGAGACCCGACGCCGCCCUGCUCAGCUCCCUCAUGGCCUUUGGCGGGGGCGGGGCUGCUUUUGGCCAGCAAGCCGCCGCCGCCGCCCCCCUUUGCCUGCCCUUCUACUUCAUCUCCCCCUCCGCGGCCGCGGCCUACAUGCAGCCCUUGCUGGACAAGAGCAACCUGGAGAAAUAUCUCUACCCGGCCGCCGCCCCGAUCCCUUUGCUCUACUCCGGAAUCCCGGCCCAGGCCGCCGCCGCUGCCGCCGCCUUCCCCUGCCUGUCCUCGGUGCUGGCGCCGGCUGAUAAGGCGAACGCAGCCGCCGCCGCCGCGGCCCUUCUGCCUCUUGACCUGGUCUCUGCCGGGCAGCACCUGCCCCAUCUCUUCGCUGCUGCCUGCGAGACUGGGCCCAGCCUGGACAGUGACCUUCCCUCCCCGGAAGAUCUUUUGCAGCCCGGAAAGGAAAGCCCCUGAACGGUGCUGCAGGACAUAGGAUUCAGCCCACCCAUGCUCCCUAGUAGGGAGGAAGAAGGAGCCCAUCCUAAUAAAUCAUAACAGCGACAAUCAGAAACAACCCACCCACCCACUUUGUGGUUUUAAAGGAGAAAGUGUAAUAGAGUUGCACGAUGUUUCUGUUGUGGUGGUUUCAUUUCGUUGGUGUUCUCUCCUGCUGCGUUCCUUCCCUCUCCCUCCCCAGUUUUUCUGCUGUAAAAGAUCCUUUGCAUUUCGGUGUUUCACAGAGAAUCCCAAAUUGUCUCCACAUUUACCGAAAGGGAGCAAAUAGAGACAGGCUUCAAAUCAAACAUUUUGUAAGCCAGAGAGUCAGAUUCAGUUUCUGAUCCAGAGUGUCAGUGACAUCUGAAAGUGGGUAGGCAAAAAAAGUUGCCCUGGGAGUCACAGACUGGUUAUGGCCUCUCUAGAGAUGUGUAUUAAUAAUAAUAUAUAGAAGCAAAUGAAGACCAUACAGUAUCUGACUCAACGUAGGGUGGGGGUGCUUAACUCUAGAGGCCUCUGCCACUGCUUGAGAAUCUUUAAGGAUUACAUUUGCUACUCAGUAUUUUUUUAAUGUUUGGCUUUAUAAAUGCAUAAAUACAUUAAAGAAAAGAAAGAAAAAAUAGUAAGGAUAUGCUUUUCUCUAAAGUAAACGUUGCACCUUAUUUUGAAAUGGUUUUCUGUAGUAUCUCUAUGUUCCACUUAGUAAUUUGCACUUGUUUAAAGAGACUUGGAUUGGUUAAUUAUCAGAAUGGGGGAGAGGGGAGAGAAAGAGAAGGUGAGUUUUAAGUACAUACGUUCGCACUUUAUUGAUAAAUGGACCAUGAAUGAAUUGAUCUUGAGCCCAGUCCUUCAGUGCUUUGAGUACCCAGAGUUGCUACUGGCUUCAGUCAGAGUUUUGGAUGCGCAAGGAAUAGAGGGUCAGACCUAUGCUAUGAUUUCUUCUUAGCUAAGGUAUAGAGGUAUGGCAAGUGCAUUUGUUUCCACUUGUCCUUAUUUAAUUUCAGUAUUUUCCUGAGUUUUUAUAACCUUUAUAAAACAAACAUUUCUGCACUGAACUGAAAAAACAAAACAAAAAACUGACAACCCUGAACUAAUUUUAUCCCAAAUUAAAAACUGGAGGAAAUGAUUAAACAUCUCAGUUUUUAAUUGGAAAUGCUUAGAAGAUAUGGGAUAAGGUCCCAUGCAGUCCUUUUGUCUCCAGAUAUCGCGAUUUCCCUUUCUGGAGACUGUACAGAUAAUCACACAGAUAAAGCUUUAUUAAUAAGGCUUAAAACAAGACCUUGCCUAGAUAUUUUUAGUUUGUUGCCAAGGUAGCACUGUGAGAAAUCUCACUUGAAUGUUAUGUAAGAGGUGAGACACAACUGUCUGACUGAGUGAAUAAGUAUUCUGGGUCUGUUAGUCAGUUUGAUUGCAUUUGCUGCUGCUGUUGCUACUGUUUGCCUCAAACGCUGUGUUUAAACAACGUUACAAAAAAUCUUACUAGCCUGCAGAAUGGCUGUAUGUAAAUAGUUGUUAAUACAUCCAAUUAAUGAUGUCUGACAUGCUAUUUUUGUAGGGAGAAAACGUGUUAAUGAUAUUUUGAGUUAAAUAUCUUUUGGGGAGGAUUUGCUGAAAAAAGUUGCACUUUUGUUACAAUGCUUAUGCUUGGUACAAGCUUAUGCUGUCUUAAAUUAUUUAAAAAAUAAAUACUGUCUGCAAGAAAACAGCUGUUUUAGAACAGUUUAGUAUGUGAUAUAUUAGAAAUCAAUCUUUAUAUUCAGUAUUUUCCAGCACUCCACAAAUUCUAUUAUCUAAAUAUUUACACACUAUUUUGUGAUUUUAAAAAAGUCUUACUAAGGAAUAAAAGCUUUAAUACACAACAUGGGGUUGUCUAGUAAUUAAAAAUUCCUACAUUAAUACAGCAUAAUGGCUGCAGAGCAAACCUUAAAAAAUGUCUAGUGCGAAUGUAGAUAGAAAUUUAUUUUGUCUUUGCAUAUUUUAAAGAUGGUUUUGCAUUUGCUUACUUUCCUUUGAGUUCAAUGAAUUGUAUUUUAUAGUGUGUACAUUACACAAAGCACUGCAUAAAGCAU